AAUCUCUUGAAAAAGCAACUAAAAAUCUUUUAGUUUCAAUGUAUCCAACUAUAGCUAAUGUGCGAUUUUACUUUACCGAAAUUCAGGAUCAUCCAAAAUAUUGUAUAGAGAAUGAUGACUUUAAUCAAUACAUGUUAGCUAAUUCAAUAAAUCAAAAAAUUAACGAAUAUUGGAAAAUUCUUGAUGAUGUAACUACUGUAGCAACAAUACUAGAUUCUCAAAAUAAAACUACUCUCUUUGAAUCAGGUGAACUAACAACAAAGACAAUUAAUACCUUACGAGAUCAACUUUCCUUAUAUCUUAAUCAAAGGCCACAAUUACAAACUUCUCUUCCAAAAUCAAGUUCUUCAUCUCGUGAAUAUUUUUGUCAAUUAAAAAAACGUCAUUUAGGAACAACUGCUGAAACAACAUAA